AUGCGAACAGCACCGCCGACUCGGUGUGGCGCUGCUACGACUUGGGUUGUUUUCGCUGCAGUGACGCUGCAAGAGGAGGAGCACAGCCGGCGCGCUGCAGACAAAGGGCUUUCACCGACAAAAAGGCGACAAAAGGCAGAGAAAAGACUAAUUACUGCGCGAGGAGGAGCAGCAGCGACACGCAGCAGUUGCACCACCAGCAGCGGCACCCUGCAGCGCCUCCUAUUCGAUCCGACCUGUCCCCAGCCAUUAAUUAUUCUUACAGGCGCAGGUUUAGGGAGCAAAAGCGGCAUCCCUUUGUACCGCAAAAACACUCCCCAAAGACACCCGCAAAGACAGCGUUGCACAAAGGUUCAGAAGCAUGCAGGGCCGUACACAAAGUCGAGGCGGCAGAGGCUGGAGGAGCCACAGCAGCACCCCCCUCAUCCCCACCAGGAGCAGCAGCAGCAGUCCACGGUUUCAUCUUUGGGUGUAUGGACAGCUUUCUCUGCCGAGAUGGCCACUCUCGCGCACGCCAUGGCAUCUCCUGCGGACUGGCUUUCUCAGUUCUGGUACGAAGCACACCCCCCUGGGGUGUAUGGACAGGCCUUCCCCUCUCUCUCGCAUUUCAUCAUCUCUCUGAUGCUCCUUCUGCAGCCGCAGCGGCUGGUGCUGCUGACACAGAAUGUGGAUAACUUGGAGCGCUAUGCGCUGCUGCUGCUGCUUUCCUUGACUGCGGCCCCACAAUCGGAGCUUCGCGUUGUCGUCUCUCCGCAGCAGCAGCAGCAGAAAGAACUCUCGGAGGAUGCACGAAAGGCUGUCUGUCUCGACGGUUGUACAGAUCUGCUAAGCACCGAUAUGCAGGCACCAUUGACCGCAACUGCUGCAGAGGGCGCCGUUGGGGAGCUCCCGUCAUUCCCACUAAACUCCUCGUUCUUUGCGUUGCCUUCCUCUCUCCCGUUGUAUGAGCUUCACGGCAACGCCUUCUUCUUCAGGUGUAUGGGGACGUCGCAACAGAAAGAGCAGCAGCAGGAAGAGCAACAGCAGUCCGAGGCUGCUGCUGCUGCUGUCGCAUGCCGUUUUGCAUGCGACGCUGCACUCCAUCAUUCGCAGGUUCUGUGGAUUUCUUCGGCAGAAGGCGUAGGGGCAGCGUCUCCGUUCGCGCAUGCAGCACAGCAUGCGACAGCGGAAAUCGCAGCAUCACGAGGAGCCGUAGCGGCACGGUUGCAUGUACGGCCUGUAUGUCCAGCCUGCGGCAGCGAUUGUCUGCCGCUGUGUCUGUUGUUUGAUGAACGCCUCUUCUCUCCGCACAAGGCUUUCGCGCCUGAGGCUUUCACGAGGGUGCUGCUGCUUGCUGCCGUUGGUGCUGUCGUCUCUGGUCACUGCGGUGCUGCUGCUGCUGCUGCUGCCGCUGCUGCUGCUGCUGCCACUGAACUCUUCGAUCCAAACCGUCUCCUGCUGCAGCACGUAGAUGCAGAGCAUGGGGGAGUUAACGCCUGCGUGGCUUCUGAGGACUCGUCAUGCUCUGUUCCCGCCAGCACUGCCGACGGCUGUCGAGCCGCUGUCGCGCUGCCGCUCACGUGCAGCGGAGGCUGCAGAUGUGUCUGCUCUGCAUGCCGGUCUGUGCGUCGCUGGGUGCCUCCCUACCGCCACGCAGCAGACACCAGAGAGUCUGUUGACGCUAGUGCUUCACAUGCGACACGAGAAGCCUUCUCGACGAGUAGGGGGGAGGCUGCAGCCGGCAAGCCUGUCAAGAGCGAGGCACAUAGAAGCAAAAGUUGCCCCCACAGUUGCAACGAAAGCUCCGCCACGAGCGCGCGAUGGGCUCCUGGUGCUCCUCCGGCCGCUCUGCUCUUAGGCACGUCGCUCACAACCAGCAGCAGCGACUGGUUGCUUUUGUUGUUGCAACAUUUCAGGGGGGAGGCGCUGGCGGUAAAUAAUGGAGAGGGUCCUCUUGACCUCUGUUUUGAUUUCACCGCAGCGCAGCAGGAAACUUUGACUGAGGCCAGCAAAGCCAUCGUAACGGCUGCCCUGCUUGUGCAGCAGGAGCAAAGUGAGGAGCAGAGCGGGGAAAAAGAGCAGCAGCAACGGCAUUUGCAUCGGCUAAAGCCGGAGCUCCUUGAGGCGACCAGUCAGGCAAGCGCCUGCCGCGAAGACACCUGGGGGGGCCGUCGUGGGAGCUUGCAUGGCAGCGCUACAUCACCAAGAUCAGCAGCUGCAGCGAAGUUGCGCGAGGCACUCUCUUCCUUAGGACCUCAAUUCGAGUAUGGCGGAGCAGCUGCACCAGGGCAAGUUGCAGUUACAUGCCGCAGCAGGCGAGUGGUGCGCAUCCGAGAGGAUCUAGAGGCCUUUCUGAGAAGGCUGUGCCCCUUAGACCUCUUGAGCUGGCUAGAGCGACACUACGAUAGAUUAAAGGAGGCUCACAGAAAAGCCGUCGCUGCAGCAGCACGCGCGGCGUCCGCUGCUGCUGCUGCAGCUGCUGCAGCGCUUCUGGCUGCUGCUGCUGCUGCUGCAGCUGAACGUCGGCGAUCUCAGGAACAUCUUGAACUCUCUGAUUCGUUGGAGGACUGCGAACUGCAACUCUCAACAACACCUGAAGCAGCUCCUGUAAGCCGCCCUCUGCACAAAGACGCUGCAACACUGCAGCAGGCACCACAAGCAACACGCGCUGCGCUAACUGCAGCAGCAACAUGA